GGGCCAUAUGUCUCAACUGUCCCAGACAGAGACACGCCUGAGGAGCCCUGGCCAUGAGUCACACCAUGCUCUCUUUUUAAUAGAAGAACGGCUGCUUCUCUACACCAGGAAUCAUGUCAGCCAAGGAUCAUGAACGUUACACAUAUGAAUUCCGUGAUGACUCCCAUCCAUCAGAAAUGCUGAACGCUCUUUAUGAGUUCUACACUAACGACCUGUUCACUGACAUCACUCUCUGCUGCUCUACUGGCCAGAUGUUUCACUGUCACAAGGCAGUGCUGUCAGCCUGUAGUGCCUACUUUAAGGUAAUGUUCACCUUAGACAUGAGGGAACGUUCAAAUGGCAUCAUCAGUCUGCCUAGUGUAGAUGGAGAUAUUCUGAGUGCCUUGGUCAACUAUGUCUAUACCUCCAAAGUGAGCAUCACACAAGCCAAUGCGCAAAGCCUUCUUGAGGCAGCCGACCUCCUUCAGUUCAGUUCAGUAAAGAAGGCCUGCGAGGAGUUUUUGAUACGGUGUUUGGAUGUUGAUAACUGUCUCGGAAUGCACUCUUUUGCUGAGCUCCAUGUCUGUCCCAUGCUGGAGCAUGAGGCACUGAGAAUUAUACAUGGCAGAUUUGAGGAGCUUGUAAAUCAAGAAGAGUUUCUGGGACUAGAUCUCCAAAAGCUCAUCGCAAUAUUGUCUGCUGAGAACCUCAAUGUGUGGAGGGAGGAGACACUAUUAGAAGCAUCUGUAAAGUGGGUGACCUUUAACAUAGAUGCUCGAAGAGACUGUGUUCAGGAGCUGUUGCACUGCAUUCAGCUUGAGGUGGAUGAUAUGUACCUCAGAACUGCGCUGGAGGUUCACAAAGCAUGUAAUGACCGUAAACUGAGAUCUAUCAUCAUUCAGUCUAUGAAAUCUGGUGGAAAAGACAAAUCUUUAACUUGUAAAAAGCCCUCAUCAAACAUAUAUGUCAUAGGAGGUUAUUACUGGCAUCCGCUGUCAGAAAUUCACAUAUGGAAUCCCAUUUCCAACACGUGGGCCCAAGGGAAAGACCUGCCUGACUAUACGAGAGAGAGUUAUGGUGUAUCACUUCUAGGUUCCAACAUCUAUGUCACCGGAGGAUACAGGACAGAGACUGUGGAUGCACUGGACACAGUUUGGAUUUAUAAUGUUGACUCUGAUGAGUGGACAGAAGGAUACCCUAUGAUCACUGCCAGAUACUACCAUUGCUCUGUGCCUUUACAUGGAUGUAUAUAUGCCAUAGGUGGAUAUAGGGGAGGUGCCCCUGCUCGUGAGACUGAAUUCUAUGAUCCUUUAAAAAAGAAAUGGUUCCCAGUGGCAGAUAUGAUACAAGGUGUCGGAAAUGCUACUGCAUGUGUGGUGCAAGACAGAAUCUAUGUGACUGGAGGCCAUUAUGGGUACAGAGGAAGCUGUACCUAUGACAAAAUCCAGACUUAUAGAGCUGACAUCAAUGAGUGGAGCAUUACAACAAUAAGUCCCCAUCCAGAGUAUGGGCUUUGCUCAGUGUCACUGAACAACAAGCUCUAUUUGGUCGGCGGUCAGACCACCAUCACAGACUGCUAUGAUCCAGACAGGGACGAAUGGAGGCAGCUGACUGUAAUGAAGGAGAGAAGGAUGGAGUGUGGAGCUACAGUAAUAAACGGGUGCAUCUAUGUGACAGGCGGCUAUUCCUACUCAAAGGGCACCUACUUGCAGAGCAUAGAGAGGUAUGACCCUGAGUUGGACUGCUGGGAAAUAGUAGGCAACUUACCUACUGCAACCCGCUCACACGGCUGUGUUUGUGUGUUCAGUGUGUAGAAUAUAUACACUAUAUCGCCAA